UUCGUUUGGAGUUUAGAAUUGUAAUUGAUUUAUGGUCGCGUGAUGAUUGAUGGCCUCUAUGAUUAUGAGGCACCUAGAUGGGCACUACUGUUGUCUUUUGAGUAAUUAGCAUAGGAACUCACCACACUGUCCGAAGAUAAACAUACUAGAACGGGAAAAACAAACUUGGGAAGUUCAAAUCACGAAACCAAUGGAGGAAACAUUUCCACGAUUGCGGAUAAUACUGGUCGGGUGGGAGGCAGGCAAGAGAGGCGGCAGCAGGGGCCCUACUCCCCGGCUUAGAGCGCCCGGCUGCCUUCACCACCAUCACCAGCAGUCGCAGGCUUGGUCGCCACCGUUGCACACCGCGUAGGCCCCAACACGCAAGGCUUGGUGCUGGUGUUGCGUGGCUGUGUUCUCUAGUUGCUCUCUCGCUGGAUUGACUCGCAUGAAGGCGCAAAACACCUUGACCAUCGCUGCUGUAAGAAUCGCCUACGGGAACGACCUUUAAAGACGACCACGCCAACGACUCCCAAGACGCUUACUAGAACGACUCCCAAGACGCCUACCAGAACGACUUCGACUCCGCCUACAAGAACGCCUUCCACAACGGCCGUGGCUACCAGCAGCGUUCACCAUACGAGAGUUUUGCAAGAUUCCUGAUUCUGAAGAUGCAUACAGUGGUCUUUAUCUAUGUUCGCAGGAAAGCAUCCUUAAAUGGUGCAUGAGGUCCAGCUACCUUGACAUAUGAACAUACAUGGAUGACCUGGUUGUUGAGAAGCUGGGCAAGGCUGUCAAUGGUGGAGAGAAUGGGACGAGUGGUGCCCCAUCACAGACGGACCUGCUCAAGCUGCUGGCAAGUGGCAGUGCUGGGGGUCUUGGGGGGUGCCAUGGGGGUCUGGGGGGCCUGGGGAGUCUAGCAGCUGCUGCUCAGGCUAGACAGAAUGGCAGUAUGAUUCGGUCGUAUGAGGCACUGCUACAGGGUCCAUCUGCUGGACGGUUGGCACCUCAGGCAGUUGCACUUCCUGGACCUACACGUAGACGGAAGAAGAAGAGGCGUAGGCAACCAGACAUGCCCAAGAAGGCUUGUACUCCAUUUAUGCAUUUCUGUGCAUAUUUUAAGCGAAAGCUAAUGGAAGAAGGAAAAGAAUUUCCACAGUUUGCCGACUUUGGUAAAAGAGCAGGAGAAUUGUGGAGAAACAUGGGUGAUGUAGAAAAACAAAAGUUUGUUGAGCUUUCUGAGCAGGAUCGCCAAAGAUAUAUUAAAGAUAUGAAGGAAUACGAAGAACGUAAGUUAGCCGAGAAAGAACGAGAAAGGGAGCUUCAGCAGCAGAGAGAGAAAGAAUUACAAGUUCUUAGGGAGAAAGAGUUGGAGAAAUUACAAAAGCAGCAGCGAGAGCAGAUGGAGCAUCAGCAAAAGCAACUGGAGCAACACCAAAAGCAUCAACAACAAAAUCCUAGUGCUAGUAUGCUGAAUUUGUUAAAUCCCCUGAAUCCACUUAAUCCUUUGAUGAUUGCUGCCAUGAAUCAAACCCUUAUGCAGACCAUGUUGACCAACCCAGACCUGAUGAAAUCUAUGUAUUCAGAGGCAGCAAGGAGCUACUACGUAGAAACAAUGAAGAAUAUUUACCAGAGUGCGAGCUCACAAGCCAAUGGUAACAGUGUGCCUGUUAGCAGCAGUGGAUCUCAUGCUGGUUUAAGUGAUCAUCAGAGCCACUUAUCUUCAAGCCCUUUGAGUAAUCUGGGCAUGAACAUAAAUCUACUGUCUCUGUUGAACUCUGGUCAGCUGUCAGCUGUGCCCACCUCGACAGCUUCUUCUACUGCUAGCUCCCCAUUAUCCAAGACCCCCUCAGCCCUCAAGGCAUCCCCCUCAUCUCUCCUAGGCAGCUCCAACAGCCUGGCCGCAGCUGCUCUGGACCUCUCUGCAGCAAGGCCAAGUGAGGGCAAGGGUGCCUGUAGUAGCGAUGAAGAGGUAAGCAAGGAAGCUGAUUGUGAAAUCUGAGACACAACAAACCCAAAGUAGCAAAAGUUCCUAUCUCCAGUCAUUAACUUCCCAAAUAUCAUUCAAGCUGCACUUCGUAAAACACAAGUAAACACAAGAACCAAGAGACCUAUACUUUGCCUAUAUGAGUGUAGUUUGUAAUGUGCAAAUCUUAGAGUGAGUUAGCUUCUGUAGAACAUCUGUGUUGUUCACUAUACUAAAAAAAAAGUACAAUUGCCUUUGGAAAAAAGCCAAGUGAAGUAUUAUGCAUGCAAAUAAUUUUUAAUGUUAUGAUAAACUGACAAAUGAAUAAUGUGAAUAUGAACUAUUGAUGUGAAGAGGCCUGACUGUGAUGGUUAAUGCUUUGACCUCUUUAAGAAUUGAGUAACUUCCAACAAGCAAGAAAGGUUUGCAAUACAGACUGUGUUGGUCAUUUUAGAAAUAGCAAGCUUGAAGUGGUCAUUACAGUAAAGAAUUGAAGUGGUGCAGUUCAGCCAUUAUCAGUGUAAGAGUGUCGAGUUCCCAACAAGAGAAAGAAUGGAUGAACUUGUACCAGGUCUCAGUUUGCGAGAGUUCAUUAGUCAACAUGGUGACCUCACCAUUUACUACCAGUUGCUGACCCUAACAGGUAGUGUAUAUGCCUGGGUAGGGACAGAGCAGGGCAGUAUGGGAGGAUUAGUGGCAGCUAUGGUGUCACGUGUCGGACCACCUGCUGUCUCUACUCUCUUAGGCCCAUCUGGUGCAGGAAGUCACCAAACCUCGCAGUUAGCAGAAAGAUUACAGAAACGUGCACAAAAGCAUGUGCUACUGAGUAUGAAUCUGCCUAGUGAUGACCUGAUACCCCACGUGGAGCAGCGCCUGCUUGAGGAGCUCUGUGUUGUGUGAAGGCCAGGGCUCAUACCAUUUUCUUUAUCAUUAAUCUUAGCCCAAAUUUUGAGAUUUAUUUUUAGAAACUUGGAACUCUGAAAGGCAUUUUAAAGAGUUCAUGACAAAUACAGUAUAUAUUUCUGAUCUAUAUAGAUGUCAUGUUGCUGUGAAGCCCUACUUACUGUUUAGUCAUUAGGAUACUGAAAUAGUGUGAUAAUGCACAGCAAUUUUCGAUAUGUAACUACUGUACAGAGUUAUUCAACUACAUCUAGAGGUAUAUUUUUUGAUAGAGAACAUACUAAGCCACAGUCUAUCCCAUUCUUGAAUUUUAUUGCCUUACUAUAAGCCAGAAAUGAAGAAUUAUUUUUUUUGUCACCAAUAAGAAAAGAAAAUGGGUGUCAGUCUUGGCCUUGAUGCACACAGUGUUGAUAAGGGUAACAUUAUGAGUAGCAGAACAUAAAGAGUGUUUGAAACAUCAUAGGAUGAUAGUAAGCGUGCAAUGGUAUUAAGAAGAGGAGCAGGAUUAUGCAGUAACUUGUGCAAAAUGAUUGAUAAGCCAAUGCUGAGACACUGUUUUUGCCAAUUGAUUGACCUUGUAUGCACUGGCUAGCCUCUUUUUUUUUUUUUAUGUUCAGUAUGUAAAAUAUUCAGCAGUAUUUUGCGAUGAGACUGCUCUCUCUUGAAUGAGGAAGUUUCGCAGCAUUGCCUUCACUGCGUACAGCUUUCUAAAUUCUUCUGCUUAGCUGAAGAACUUAUUGAUUGCACAACUACUCAAGUCCACAAAUUUUGGUGGUGCAUACAAGUGAUAAUUGAAGGUAUGAUAUUCAUAUGUACUAUACUAUAUCAGGGUAGAUAUUAAGUUCCUCUUUAUUUUACAGAAGCUUUUUUUGUAAUCUCCUUUAUAGAGGUAUUUUUUAUUUUUAGAAAUUCUGUAUAUUUGUCCUAUGCAAUAGGUGGUAUUGAACCAAGUCUUUUUGCUUCCCAAUUUGUAGUUACUACCUCACAGGUGAUAGAAUAAUGAAAAGACAUUCCCUGUAGCCCGUGACUCGUUAGGCAGCUCAGGAAACACAAGGGAGGCUGCUGGGGGGCAUUGUAUGAGCAUCGAUCAGUUUUGUCUACUACUGCACUUGAUUAAUUUUUUUUAUACAUAAGUAUUAUUGUUACCACAUGCAUGCACAUUUGUAAUUAUGUACUUGUUUGUAGCACCUGUAGCUACAAAUAAGUAUUGUAAUUACUUACACAUAUGCACAAACACACGUAAAAACACACAUGUAAAUGCGCACACAUAUGCAUGUGCACACAUGCACGCAUGCAUGCCUGCACGCACACACAAAAAAACAAAGUGGUUCCAGAACUUCAAAAUAUGAGUUACAAAGAGGAGGAAAGAAGGAGACAUAAUAGGAUAUAAUUACCCACAUUUGAAAACUGCUUAAAUAAGCAUUGCCUAAGGAAUACUAGAAAGCUUUUUUCAGAGAGUGGUAGAACAAUGAAAUGGGAUACAAGCAUAGCUCUGUACCUGUAACAACAAGCAGUGAAGGUGUGACACAAGAAGCAUUGCUGCUUCCUUAGCUGCAGAUAUUAUGAUUUGACAUCAGUAUAGCUCUUUUGCUAUAGCUACAAAUACUGAAGAUAAUUUUCUUCCAGCAUAGCUUUGCUCCAGUAGGUACAACUACUGAAGAUGGUUCACCAACAUAGCUCUACUCCUAUAGCUGCAAAUAGGUAACUACAUAAAGCUUGAGAAACUGAUUAGUACCAGAACUAGAAACAAAAGGUACCAGGAAAGACUGUGCACUUGCUCUUUGACAAGAAAGAAGCAUUAAAUAUCCUAGACCAGUUUAGCACCUUUUAGUGAACAUUAUAUAAUUAUUAUCAUAAUAAGACACUUAUAUCAAAGUGGAGACAUAAUCACAACAAAUAAAAUAAUUGGGUAUUGACUUGAAGGGUACAAAACAUGGACAAAGACCCGAGUUAAACACUUGGCUCAGUUUUAAUUUCAGUUUCUGUAUGCAAAGUGCUAAACUGGUGUGGAUCAUUCAUUGCAAGGAGUGGUGGAGGUUUGAUCCUCUAUCCACUAAUCUAAGCACUUGGACAAGCAUAGAGGUAAAAGAGUAAGGGUAAUAAAGAAGGGUAUCAAACUAGGGAAUGACACAGUGGAGGCUGAGUGCAGGCACUGUUUCAAUAGAAAAUAAAACAAUAAGAUGGUAUUGGAUAAGAUAGUAUUAGAAUGAAGGGAUUUCUUUGUGAGGUAGUAUUUGACCCCCCAUACUGCUCUUGAUAUACAGUACUUUAUAUAAACAGUCUUGCUGGAGAUUGAGAUAUGGAUCUCACUAAACCUAUUGCCUGAAGUGCACAUAGCCACUAUAACUUUAGCAACAGAUACAGUAUAGGGAGAUGUAAAUUUCUUUAAGAAUCAUAAGGGAAAUCCAGGAGUUUUGUACAUCAUCUAAGAAAGACCAUUCUUGGAGUAUGAUAUAUCAACAUGGAUCCCACACCUUAACCACACAAGCAGAUAUGAGAAAGUACAGUACUUUGCCACCAUGCUUGUACCUCACAGGACUAACUAAUCACAACAUGAAAGAUUUUGUGCUCAGGAUAUCAGCAAGAGCUGGGUCCAGGAGUCAAAACAAUCCACAUACACACAUAGGUGAAUACAUAUACACAUAUUCCUUUAUAUAUAUGUAGGGUGUAUUAUUUAAGGGUUUAUUUCAAGUUAUGAAGUUACAAACAAGAUGCUUUUUUUGUACAUUGCUGUGUAUUCAUGUGGAAGUGUUGUGAAAAGUAAACUGUAUGCAUAAGAAUUAGGUAUUGCCUCCUCAGCAGCUCCCUCCAUCCUUAAAUCCCCCCAGUAAAAGAAAUCCCCAGCCAUAUGUGAACCCCAGUGCCACCUCGCAGCUUUGGACAGACAGUGCUGGUGUGGUCGUGUUUUGUAGGUUGCAGCAUGGUCCGUUUCCUGCUUGUCAUGAUGUACUAAAUUUUAUUGUAAAAUAUAAUUUAACAUGACAAGUUCUUUGAAGUUUUAAAUAUCUUUAUAUUUAUUUAACUUUUGAUAUGUUUUCUUGAGGAUAUCAUACUGCAGCCAAUAUCUGUGCCAUGAUUAGGCCCUUUGGGUGGCCUUGAAGUGUGAUAAUGAAUGUUGAUGUGCCUGGGGACCAAUCAUAACAAAGGUCAUGUGUCUUUCUUUUGAAAGAAUAUCAGUAUUAUCAAUAUUUUGUGAUAACAAGCUACCCCCUUUAAGGAGUCUCUUGUUCCAUGGUCUGGCUAUGAUAGGUCUCCACCCCCAGCACUGACUGUCACUUUACGGUGUCUUCAAGUGUAUUGAGAGUAUAAAUUUGGUGUAAUUGCUGCUAUUAUUGAUAUAUACGUCAAAAGAUUUUGGUACCAUGGUAUUUUAUACACUUAAGACACUCUCCCAUGCUUCAUGUUGUAGUCCUGAUGAUGCCUCAGGGUAGAGGGUUCGCUCCCCGGUUUUGUGGGUCCUAUGUUGAGGCCUCCUAGGGCACUCGCACAAGUGAUAGUUUAGUCUAGUUUCAUAAUGAAUUGUAUAAUAACAAUUUUUUUUACAGGAUGAUAUGUAAUAAAAGAUAGGUACUUUGUUUGCAAAGUGGCCACACCCAUCUACAUCAAGAUGAUGUAGUAGAGGUUGUAGCAUUUAUGACAAUCACUUAUUUUGCUCUUGUUUUCUUAGGUUUCUCCAGUCAAAGGAAUUUUUUAUGAUAGGGAAAUCCUCCAUCUUUUGAUUUCUAGUGUACAUGCGAAGUGCUUUUGGGAGGUCCAAGCAGCAAAGUGCUGCUGUGAUGUCGUGAUAGUGUCAAAUGCUAGUCUGACGGCGGGGAGCGCAGCCUCCGUCCCAAACCCACCCUUCUACCUCCUUAUCCAUGUUAAUCUCCUAUCAGCCACUCCUGGCUGCCGCUACACUUGUUCUAGUUUUAAAGGACUAAAUCAUUUAAAAAAUUUGUGAUGUCAGCAAGUGUAAGUGGCAGUGCAGUGGGUACUCUGGUUCUGUGUCAGAUUAACUACACUGAAGUGUCCUGUGUUCUGUGCAUAGAAACAGAUUCCAAACCAUUCCUACCAGAGCCCAGUCUUGAAGGACUGGAGCAGCCAUGUCGCAACCCAAGUUCCUCGCCUAAACAGGUUCCUCUCCCCCUCUAGCACAUCCUGCCCCUUGAGCUCCAGCUGUAUUUUAUUUUGCAGUCCUUGUCCCAAACCUCUUGUAUGAUAAGCAGAAUGCCAGACUCCAGUCACAGACUGAAUAUAUAUUGUGUAACUAUUGCUACUGGUGAUAUCUGACUAGAAUUUACUUCUGUGAAGGAUACCAUAAAGAUUUAAUUUCUUUAUAUUAUUUAGCAUUCAGUGGCAGUUGUUCCAUUAAUAUUCUCAGUCUGAAUUGUCUAAUUAAUUAGAUAAUGCCAAUAUGAAUGCAUGAAUGGGAUAGCAUUAUUUUCUUAAUGGUUUUGACUAAAUACCUUGAAGGUAUUUCAUGGCCAGGUAAUAAACAUUCCUUUGCUUAUAAAAAAAGAUAAAGUGCAAAAAUUUAUUUUAUCUUUGAAACUUGGAGAGAAUCAACUCCUUUUACUAUGCACAAGUUAACGUUGCACAUUGGAGCAUUUGGCACAUACUAUGUUGAGGUCGGAGAGUUGCCUCCUGUGAUAGGCAUUUGUUUUUUCAACUAUUGUACUCGCAUGUGUGUGCCACGGAAACCCCCCACCUGGUGAGGUAGAACCUUGGCUGCAGAUGUGGGCGGCUUUGUUGUAACCAGGUUAGGCCUGUGCCACUGUUGGUUGAGCCAUGAUCAUACAUCUAAGUUCAUUUAAAUGAAGGUGAAUAUCUGUUUUCAACCAACUUGCACACAGGGACUGGAACGCUUGUCGUUCACAUCAGUUAGGCCCAGCAUGAGUGCCUAAGGGCCUGCCCAUUAUGCAAACGUGUUUUGAAUUAAGUGAAGCAAUAUUAUGUUUUGUCUAUUGCUGUUAUUGGAGAAAAUGGUUAUCUUGUGAAUUUUGACAAAAAUAAUCAUUUUGUACAUGGUAAGAGAUGAAAACUAAAUGCUGAAAUUAUUCACUAGAAAAUUAUGUGCUAUUUUUAGAGAGUUUCUAGUUUGUGUACUUUGUUAUAUAUCUGGAUGAUGUAGUCUUGUAUGAGAUAUAUGAAGUUGUAGGGAGUAAUUUCAAAGUGUCGUGAUUAUAUUUAGUAUAGAAGGAACAAGGUAGGGACUAGACAGUAUAGUCAGUGCUGAACUGAUAUAUAUGCAACAUGUAGUUUGAAAUACUCAAAAAUAAAGAUCAGAUCAGAGUACGUCUUUUUUACCUAUGUGUUUCAUUUACUGAUGAAUGUUAGGCAGUCACAUCAAUAAAUAAUCCUUUACUUUCAUUCUGUAUUGUGAAUCACUCAUGUAAGAAGUUAAAAUUAGAACUUUUACAAAACUGAA